AUGCCGCCUCGGGGCAGUCGCUCGUUUGGUCGUGCUCUCUUUUCUGUCUGUACAUCUUUUGAGUCGCGACUUGGCAUUCAACCAGUCCCAGGAGUCUCGAGGAACCCAGCUAUUUCAUAUCGUCAACUAUCACACUCUGCACCUCUUGGACUGAAAAUGGAUAUUCAACUUUCCGCCCCCAACGGCAAGAAAUGGACCCAACCUCUGGGUCUUUUCAUCAACAACGAGUUCGUCCAGAGCAGCAACGGCCAGAAAUUGACUACUGUCAACCCAGCCACCGAGGAAGAUAUUGCCUCGGUCUAUUCCGCCACCGAGGAGGACGUUGACAAGGCCGUCAAGGCUGCACGUGCUGCUUUCAAGCACCCAUCAUGGAAGAACCUUUCUGGGACGGAGCGUGGCGAGCUGAUGCACAAGUUAGCCGACCUUGUUUCCAAGCAUGCUGAGGUCCUGGCCACCAUUGAGGCUCUCGAUAAUGGCAAGCCCUACUCUGUCGCCCUUGGUGAAGACGUUGUCGAGUUUGAAAAGACCAUACGAUACUAUGCUGGUUUUGCCGACAAGAACUUCGGCCAGACCAUCGAUGUCGGCCCAUCCAAGUUUGCCUAUACCAUCAAGGAGCCCCUUGGUGUCUGCGGCCAGAUCAUUCCCUGGAACUAUCCUCUUUGUAUGGCCGCUUGGAAGCUUGGUCCUGCACUCGCUUGUGGCAAUACGGUUGUGCUCAAGCUUGCUGAACAGACCCCAUUGUCGAUGCUCUACGCUGCAGCAUUGAUCAAGGAGGCCGGAUUUCCUCCAGGUGUUGUCAACGUUGUCAACGGCCUCGGCCGCGAGGCCGGAGCAGCCAUUGUGGAGCACCCGGAUAUCGACAAGGUUGCCUUUACCGGGAGCACAGCCACUGGCAAGACAAUCAUGAAGGCAUGCGCAGGAACAAUGAAGAACAUUACCCUCGAGACGGGCGGCAAGUCACCACUGCUCGUUUUCGACGACGCAGACCUCGACCUGGCCGUCGAAUGGUCACACAUUGGCAUCAUGAGCAAUCAGGGACAGAUCUGUACUGCCACAUCUCGCAUUCUGGUGCACGAGUCUGUCCAUGACAAAUUCGUCAGUCUUUUCAAGGAUACCGUCGAGAAGGUAUCAAUAGUGGGCGAUCCCUUUGACGAAAAGACCUUCCAGGGACCACAGGUCAACAAGGCACAGUACGAACGGGUCCUGAAUUAUAUCAAACUGGCACAAGAAGAGGGUGCGACCAUUGCUACGGGUGGCAAGCCAGCUCCGCAAAACGGCAAGGGUUUCUUUGUCGCCCCUACCGUGUUUACCAACGUCAAGACCUCGAUGAGGGUCUAUAAGGAGGAGAUUUUCGGACCCUGUGUUGCCAUCAUAUCGUUCAAGGACGAGGAGGAAGCGAUCGAGUUGGCCAACGACACAACGUAUGGUCUUGGUGCUGCGCUCUUCACUCGCAACCUUACCAGGGCGCACCGCGUCGCCCACGAGAUCCAGUCUGGCAUGGUUUGGAUCAACAGCAGCAACGACUCUGAUUGCCGUGUUCCUUUCGGUGGCGUCAAGCAAUCGGGCAUCGGUCGCGAACUGGGCGAGGCUGGCCUUGCAUCUUAUUGCAACAUCAAGAGCAUACACGUAUACCAGACGUCGUUCUAA